AUGAAGAAGCGAGUUUGUGGGAUUUGUGGAGUCGUGUUGUCUCGACAGGAGUGCGAGCGCUCAGAUGUGCAGAGAGUUGGAGUGUUUUACCUGCGAGAGCCUGUCGGGAUCCGAGCGUUUGAUGCCUCAUCAGCACAUUGUGCCACACAGUUUAAAGGACAGCCCACUGUGGGUCCUGACAGCACCCAGUUUGCCAUGGUGACGGAGUAUCUGCCAAGCAGCCGGGAGAUGCUGCUCUUUGUCAGCCCGGGCCGGUCAGCUCCCCCACCGCCGAGUGACCUCUCCACGGCCAAUCAGUCGCAGGACCUGCAGGAGCGCGCCCAGCACAGCUACUACGACAGCGGCCUGGAGGAGUCGGAGACGCCCAGCUCCAAGUCGUCGUCGGGGCCUCGGAUCGGCCGCCUGCGCGUGCCGGAGGACCACUAUGAGCGGACCACGCCCGACGGCAGCAUCGGCGAGAUGGAGCACCCGGAGAACGACCUCAGGCCUCUUCCCGACGUGGCGAUGACCGGUAACUGCACCCACGAGUGCACCGAGUUCGGCCACUCCGACUCCUGCUGGAUGCCCGGUCAGCCUUCCCCCAACCGCAAGGUGUCCAAGAACGCCCCCAAGCUCUCCACCUUCGUGCCUUACCAGGAGAUGGACGGGCAGGAGCAGCUGAUGGCCAACGGCAGCCCCAAGCCCAUGACGACAGAGGAACGCGGGACGGGAAGCGGCGGCGGCAGCAGCAGUUCCAAAGUGGCCAACAUGCGGUUCAUGACGCCCUACAGCAGUGCCUACCCUGGGGGUGGAGACUCGUCCGGUAAAGACUGUGGGCUAGAGGAGAUCCCACUGAGCCAGGCGGUGGAGUACCACUCGGCCACCACUCCGACCGGCCAGACCUCCAAGAGGGAGAUCUACCUGUGAGGGCGCAGCUCUCCACCUUAAAUCCAGCCCCGAACCCACCACCACCUCCUUACACUCCUCAUCAUCCCUCGUCGCUGCUCACACCACCUGUCCUGUCCCCGCGUCACUGCCGCCCCCUGUGCCUAUUACUUCGCUGUGCCGCAGCGCCGACGCCCCUUCUUCCUUUUUAUAACUGCGUCCACCGUACAAGGCUUUAGACCCUCGCCCACCUCGUCCACUGCCACCGCCGCCACCCGUUCCCCCCUUUUACUCUAGAAACCAAUCAAAUGUAAAAUAGAAUGAAUUCAAAUCAAUUGAAGAAAACACGCGGCGCCUGCUGCUGCGGAAGGAAUGUAAACUACACCACAUCGUUGUGAUAAUUUAAUGGGAAACUAUUUAGCUACUCACGUAUUUGAGUUGGAUUUUUGUGCGUUGCUUUAGGCUAUGUUGCUGUGUUGGAACAGAAAAAGAAAAAACCUUCGGGGGGCGAAGGAAAAGAACAUCUUGUAAAUCCUACUUAAGUAUACUGUGUAAUGCUAUCUAUCCUGAUUUUUUUAUUUUUUUGGAUUUUGUUUUUCUUUAUGAGUUUUCUCUGUCGACUCCGGAGCCUCCGGGAAAUACACUUUUUUGAGGCCGAGUUGCAUCAAAUCAACCGGGCUCGUUUUUAUCAGGAGCAGCUCGUCGUCAACGUAAGACGUUUGGAGAAACGCGGCUGUUUUCCAACCUCCGGAGUUGUUGUUGAGAACUUUUUCAGGUCUGUUCAUUUUCUUGCCGUGAAGAGGUUUUUCUUUUUUUUUCCCUUUCCAGUGUACAGAGCUGUAAAUACUACAAACAUUGACAGAGGAAACUGCUGUGGCUGUAAAAGCGUGGAUCCGUGGCUGUCGUGCUGUCUGGAGAUCUUCAUGUUAUCGUUGGAUUGAUGGACUGAAACCUUCGCAUGUACAGAGAAAAGGAUGCCGCGGCGUUCGCCGUCACACUGCAGGAAACCUGGACUCUUGAGCAUCACCGACGGUGCCGAGUUACAAACACACACACACACAAGACUUUUUAUUAUUUGAGUUUUUUCUCUCUCCUCUUCAACUUUACAACACGGUUGAAUUUGGGUUCAUGAGGGGAACAAAACAGUUUGAGGUGCAACGAUAUCAAAUCAAGAAAUCUACGUGUCAGUCAGUCAGUGGAUCGGCCAAAGCUGAGAAUCCAAAAACUGAUGAUGUUAUUGAUGCUCUUGUCAGUAGUAAAAUGAAAACGUGAAAGUGUGACGGUUACAUUUGGUCCGACAGAAAACGAAGCAAAGAUUUUUGAUUUUCAAGUGUGAAAAUUUCCUUUUCCGAUACUAAACUGACUUUUCCACGUCAAAUGGAAAGUCUAAAGAUUUAAAGUUAGUCAUUAGCUCUGUUAACUAAACCUAUUAGUCUAUCAACAAAAAAAUGAGCCUGCGACAGUUUAAUUGUUAAAAGUUUCACAUCAACUUCUGUCAUCAACUUAAUAUCUUCAGUUUUCUCUGAUUCUUACAGGUAGUUCAAGAUAAAAAAUUUAUAGUUUGUCCUGAAUGUGACGCUACAGGAAUGGUCAUUACAAUCAAAUGGGUUCAUCCUCUGGAGAGCAUGAAUGUGAUAAGCAAAUCUCAAGCCUUUGCUUUGAUUUAGAUAUUUCUUACCUUAAAGCAGAGGCAAACUUAAAGAACUUAAAGAUUAGGGGUUUCACUUCAUCCUCUGGGGAGCAUGAAUAGUCGUGGUUAAUUUACUCAAAAUAUUGAACAUUGUUAAGGUAAAAAUAUAAAAUUUGUGAUGGUGGAGCUGGAUGGAAGGUCAGCUAGUCCAUCAUUAGGUUUCAUCCUCUGGAGAGCAGGAAUGUGAUCAGUAAAUGUCGAGCCAUCGUUCGGAGUUUGACAUUUCUUGAGUUAAAGCAGAAGCAUCAAACUACACAAGAAGAAAGAUUACGGGGGUCACCAGUUUACUUGUAUUUCAUCCUCUGGGGAACACGAAUGUCCACAGUCAGUUUGACCUCAAACUUGCUCGAUUAACAGAUCGACAUCCUGAUUCGUAGCGGUGCUGGAGCUCGUACAACAGCUCAUUUAAAAGGCAAAUGAACACAAUGUGAGGAUUUCAAAGCCUCACACUGCCAGGAGCAUUGACAGUCCUGCAGGUAUCGGUUCACCUCCGCCCGUCACCGCCGUGCCGAACGUUUCCCCGCUGCGUUCUCGAGCUUGAAGGAGGAGCUCUCCGGUCAGUGUCGCCUCUCGUUAGCUCCCACCUCCUCAGUGUGAGGCCAAGCCGUUCGACGUUUAGCACGAGUAUUUAUUAAAACCUGUUAGCUCCGUGCAGCGGGGGGAGGUGGGCGCCGCUUCCCGCCGCGCUGCAGUCGCACAGGAACGCAGGAUUAAUGACACCUGCACGGGCCUCAGUCCACUAACACCCACUCCACACGGCGCAGCAGAGAAACUCUAAUUACAACCCGAGGCUCUGCACAUUACCGCCCGUAAUUUGCGCCAGUAAAAGCGAGCUGGUUUGGAAGUUCAUUCAUUCUGAGCUCGGUGUUAAUGGCUGCUGAGGGUGAUGUGAGAGUUCACCUGUAGUGAUGCACACCAGCUGAGACUGGAUAGAUGAAAGGAACGGCACGGCGAGACAGCGCUGCAAGAAAAACCUCUAACAAGAUGUUUAGUGUCUCACUGAGUCCGAAAGUCUUAAAACAAAGACGGAGAUCAGCCUGUGGAGUCGGAUUAUUUCCCCUGUUCACGGUAACAAUCAGCUCAGUGUUGAAAUAAACACGAGUUAAAGUUUUUACUCUGUCAGCAGCUGCCAAACUAAAAUGAAAGUCAAAUAUUCAGUGUAAAAAAACUAAACUUUGAAACACCUUCAAUAGUUUUACAGAGAAAUACUGUUAUUUUACAGAUUUUAACUGAAUUAUUACCUCCAAUAAAGUGGCAA